AUGCAUUUCACUUCCAUUGCUACGCUUUUCUCGGUCUUGGCUGUUGCAAACGCUCAACUCACAUACAACAUUACGCAAGCUUCCGCUCCCGGAAAUAUGGCGAAAUAUCGUUGUUUGAACAACAGUAAGCUCAAAGGCUGGCUUCCCGGUUGCAUCUACGAUUGCCAAGUCCAAGCCAGCAUGCUCGAUGGCUGCGCAGCGGAGGACUUCGCCUGUCACUGCGUUAAUCACUAUAAAUACUCUCAAUUGAUCGAGCCCUGUGCUAUCCCUCCCGGAUUAGGCGGCAGGGGUCACUGUACCGUGAACGAUCUUUACAACGCUCGUCCCGUUGUCAGUGAUAUGUGUAAUUUUUUCAAUGCCACAGUUUACAAAAGCUAUGAGGGCUGCCCACAGAAACUGAGCACGGCUGUUACUUAUGGUAUUAUCGCGAAUGAGGGCGUUGAGAUAACCGAGUAG